AUGGGAUAUACCAGCUACAUCUUCCUUCUCUCGAAGUUCAGGAAAUCCUUCUUGCCACCAAAGUGGAAUGGACUCUUCCCUAUUAUGUUCAAAAGCCUUUCAGAAUGGGUUUCAGGUUCUGACAGUGCUACCAAGAUGUUCUAUACUCUUUGCUUUGGGCUUUUCAAUGGAGUUAAUUUGGAUUUCGGUUCAAUAAUCUGGACUCAGUUCGUACAGAGCACCAGCUCGACCACUCGACACACGGAAAUUUUGUGUGCUUUUUUCUGGUUGAUUAUGGUCAAAAAGGUGUUGUUGCACUAUCAUGGUCUGACAAUGAUGGACCUGCUGAUGGCAGACAUCCCCAAGCUACAAAGCACAACGUUCAUCAUUAUUGAUCCACGAAAUUUCAAUUUUGUUGGUUCCAUCCCGGAAGUGAUGUUAGCAAAAGUUUCGAUGGAAAAUGACCUCAUUAGGGAGUAUUGUUCCUUGACCUCAUUUGGAAUCUUCCCAAUCCCUAUAGAACUACAAGUUAUCGAUACAGGGGAUAAACCGAAAAUAGGAGGAAAGAGUAAGAAAAAAGCUUCAUCUUCGGAAAUUGUGAGGGUUUCAAAGAAAACCUAA